AAGAACCACAGCAGAGACGUCGCAGAGAAGAGACACGUCCAGUGUGCAGCCAGGACUGAGAACGCGAGUCACACCUGUUAACGUAGAUUUAUGAAGUGCGCUGAACAAACUUGUGAAAGAGUUGGACUUUAGUUGCACAGAUGGAGAACAUGAAGAGCGCCAGGAGAAACGACUCGGGUGAAGCAGGCAGCGACCUGUCCGAGCAGAUUAAAGCAGCCACUAUGGACAACCAUGUCAGGGCGGAAAAUACACAGCUGAUGCUCAGCUACCAGAAGGGACAGAUCACGCUGCCACAGUACAAGGUCCUGCUGUGCUCCCUGUAUAACAUCUACAAGGCUCUGGAAGAAGAGCUGGACAGGAACGCGUCCCAUCCAGCUGUUGCUCCCAUAUACUUCCCUCAGGAGCUCGCCCGUCUGGAAUCCCUGAGAUCAGACCUGGAGCAUUUCUUGGGCUCGGACUGGAAGAAGAAAGUGAUUGUCCCUGCAGCCACACACAGAUAUGAGCAGAGACUACGGGAGAUUGGCAGAGAGAACCCUGAGCUGCUCGUGGCCCACGCCUACACUCGCUACCUCGGCGACCUCUCAGGUGGACAGGUGCUGGGGAAAAUUACCCAGAAAUCACUGGGGCUGAGCAGCAAGGAGGGGCUGUCGUUCUUCUCGUUUCCCGGCGUGAGCAGCCCCAACCGCUUCAAGCAGCUGUACAGGAGCCGGAUGAACAGCAUAGAGCUGACCGAGGCGGAGAGGGCGGCGGUGCUGGAGGAGGCCGUGGGAGCGUUUGAGUUGAACAUCCAGGUUUUUGACGACUUGCAGAAAAUGCUGAGCAUCGCCACCGAAACUGCGGACCAAUCAGAACGCAGCCUGCAAACCUCCAGACUCCCAGCUUCUCCCAUCAUGCAGUUCACAGUGGGACUGUGCCUCACACUGGCCACCAUCGGAGCAGGAAUGUACGUCUUGUAGUUCGGCUGCAUUUAACCUCAAUACGAAGCUAAAAGGCACUUUAGACACUGAAAUGACUCAAUCAGAACAAAGGCU